UCAAUGAAGAGGAUCUGCUCUGGAGGGCAAAUAUAAAACCUGCUUCCUGCCGUUACAUCAUUGAGAUGUAGAAAGAGGAGAAAACAGAUUUCAGACGUAUAAAGGGAAAACUCCAGGAUCGGGAAUGAACGGCUGGCACAGUUUACUCUACCUGGGAGUGCUGGCAACGGUGGCGAUUAGCAACAAAAUGCUGGAUGAGUGUUUGAAAUCUAACCGUAAGUACACCAUGAAUGUUGUUCUGCUGGAAGACAACACCUACGAAUGGAGUCGACCGUUUGUGCAGAGAGCUGUGGAGCAAGCCAUUGAAAAGGACAAGCAGGAAAACAUCAACAAUGGCUUGAACUUCACCUUGAAGGCUAACUACAAAGGGCUCAACACCACCGUGUACAACAGGCAGGGCUGUGGGAGCAGCACCUGUGAAGGCGUGGCCAUAAUAAAGAUGUUACAUAGCAUUGAUGAAGUUGGAUGUGUCAUGUUGGGACCGUCCUGCACCUAUGCCACCUUCCAGUUGGUUGAUGAGGAGAUUGGCUUGACUCUGAGCAUCCCUAUCAUCUCCGCUGGGAGCUUCGGCCUCUCGUGUGACUUUAAACACAAACUGACUCGCCUUUUGCCUCCAGCUCGAAAAGUCAGUGAAAUGUUUCUGAACUUCAAGAAUGAAACAUUGCCCUUUAAAGAUCCUUGGGAAAAGUUCUAUGUUUAUAAAAAGGCCAACAAUGUAAGCGAGGACUGCUUCUGGUACAUCAAUGCAUUUGAAGCACCUUCUGCCAGAUUCGCCUCACACACAAAAAGGGAGAUGCUACGUAAUGAGAUUGAACUGAAUAGGGCACUGCAGGCUUCACAGAGACACAGCAACAUUUUCAUUCUGUGCGGGAGCAUCAAUGACAUUGUUUCUAUCAAAGAGAAGGUGCACCAGAUCCAUCCAGACACCUUGUUUAUUCUCCUUGAUGUUUACAAUCCUGCAUAUUAUGUCAACUCCACGUCUGCCAAGGGAAUGGAGAACGUCCUGGUGGUCACUCUGCCACAGAGGAACUACUCGGAUGUGUCAAACUGUUCGUACAACAGCACGUGCCGUCAGCAGAUAAAUGACUAUGUGGCUGGGUAUCAUGAUGGCGCGCUGCUGUUUGGCAAAGUGCUCAGAGAGAGGAUGCUCAGCCAGCAACACUACGGGGGAACUAACGUGCCUCUGAGCAACAACCCAUUUGGAAAUGUCUCUUUUGACGGAAUGGGAGGCCACUAUGAGCUUGAUGAGUAUGGUGACCGAGACGUUAACUUCUCGUUCAUUUACACUUCAACUGACACCGACAACUAUGAAACCCUGUUAAUGUUUGAUACAUCUCAAAAUAAAACCAUCUGGUUUCGUCAAGACCCUGCCCUGUUUUGGAAAGAUCGACUUCCUGAUGAUGAACCUGAAAACCCAAAUGAUCUAAAUACGCAAGAUGUGAUUGUGAUUGUUUUGGGUGUCAGCGUUGUCGUGGUAACAGCCAUAGCACUCAUCUUCUACAGGCAGAACAGGAAAGAGCGUCUCAUGCAGAAGAGGUGGUCCCACAUCGAGCCGCAUCAGAUCGGCCCUCUUGAUGAGAAGGAGGUCUCCCUGAAGAUUGAUGAAGAUAAGAGAAAAGACAGCACAUAUUUCACUCAGCGAGGCUGCUACGACAAGAAGCCUGUGAUCCUGAAAGAGCUGAAACACACGGACGUGGAUUUCACCGCAGAGCAGAAAAUUGAGCUCAAUACUCUGCUGCGCAUCGAUUACUACAACCUGACCAAGUUCUACGGCACGGUGAAGUUUGAGUACGGUGUGUUCGGCGUGUUUGAGCUGUGCCAGAGAGGCUCCCUCAGAUACAUUCUGGCUGACAGGAUAUCCUACCCCGAUGAAACCUUCAUGGACAUGGAGUUUAAGAUAUCAGUCAUGUAUGACAUAGCAAAGGGCAUGUCGUACCUCCACUCCAGUAACAUUCAGGUUCACGGUCGCCUCAAGUCCACCAACUGUGUGGUCGACAACCGCAUGGUGGUCAAGAUCACCGACUUUGGUUGCCACACCAUUCUGGGGCCAGGCAGAGAUCUGUGGACAGCCCCAGAGCAUCUUCGUAAAGAAGGCGUGUCUCAGAAAGGGGAUGUUUACAGCUACGGCAUCAUCGCUCACGAGAUUGUUUUCAGGCAAACCCCGUUUUACACACGAUGCUGCUCUGAUAUUGCAGAGAAAAUGUACAGAGUGCAGUGUCCCAGAGACAACACCAUCUUCAGACCAGACCUCAACUUUGAAGGUGCAUCAGACAAAGAGAUUGAGCUGUACUUUCUGAUAAAGAACUGCUGGGAUGAAGAUCCUGAACGAAGGCCAGAGUUCAAAAAAAUCGAGUUAACGCUCGGAAAGAUUUUCAGUAACUUGCACAAUCAAGCUACUGAGACGUACAUGGACAACCUGAUCCGCCGUCUGCAGAUGUACUCCAGGACUCUGGAGCAUCUGGUGGAGGAGAGAACGGCUCUGUACAAAGCUGAGAGGGACAGAGCGGAUCGCCUCAACUUUAUGCUGCUGCCUGGCCCCGUGGUGCGCUCUCUGAAGGAGACGGGCAGGGUGGUGCCCGAGCUGUUCGAGAAGGUGACCAUCUAUUUCAGCGACAUCGUGGGAUUCACCACUCUCUGUCACUACAGCACCCCCAUGGAGGUGGUGGACAUGCUGAAUGAGAUCUACAAGAACUUUGACAGCAUCCUGGACCAUCACGACGUCUACAAGGUUGAGACAAUAGGAGACGCCUACAUGGUUGCAUCAGGUUUACCCAAACGGAACGGCAAUAGGCAUGCAGUGGACAUUGCCCACAUGGCCCUGGACAUCCUGUCGUUUGUGGGAACCUUCGAGUUGCAGCACCUGCCAGGGAUUCCUCUGUGGAUCCGUAUCGGGGUGCAUUCAGGUCCCUGUGCAGCGGGAGUGGUUGGUAACAAGAUGCCUCGCUACUGUCUCUUUGGAGACACAGUCAACACGGCAUCACGCAUGGAGUCCACAGGCCUGCCUCUGAGGAUUCAUGUGAGUCAGCCCACCAUCAACAUCCUGCAGAAGACAGACUGCAAGUUUGAGUUCAAGAGACGAGGAGAGACGUACCUGAAGGGAAAAGGCAAAGAGAUGACAUACUGGUUGACAGGAGUGACAGGAGCAAAAUACAACCUGCCCACGCCUCCGACAGCGGAGAACUUCCAGCGUCUUCAGCAGGAUCUGUCAGAAAUGAUCGUGUCCAGUCUGGAGAAGCGUGAAGGAGGGAAAGAGGGUUUCAAAAAGAGGACGACCUUGUCCACCAAAAUCCGAUGGAGAGACACCAAUGGGAGCCUGCGGAGGGAAAGUGCACCGGAGUACUUCCACCUGGCUGUCACUGAAAACCCCAGCACCUACUUGUGAUAACGACAUGGAAGAGUUAUAAAAAACAAAAGACAGCUGAAGUGGAUCAGUGUCUGUGUGGGUCAGCUCUGUUCAGA